AUGACUGACAGAUCGCCUCAACAAAUUCAUAAAGAUCCUCACGUUAAUGGCUCAAUAGGUAGUAACUCUUCUCGAGGUGGUCAUUCUAGUGAAGAGAAUGGUAGAUCUUCUGGUACUCCUUUUCGUACUUACCAUAACGCUGAGGCUAGUUUCCAAUCUUCACCAGAAGGUUCUCCCUACCGAAUCAAGACGCCCCAAUUAACUCCUUAUUCUAAACCAUAUACCGAUUAUCCUCAACAUAAAUUUCACGGUUGUUCUUCGAUCGACGAUUACGAAUUUAUGGACAAACUUGGUGAAGGAACUUUUGGUGAAGUGCACAAAGGUAAACACACAAAAAGCGGUAAAAUUGUCGCGUUAAAGAGAAUAUUGAUGCAUAAUGAAAAAGAGGGAAUUCCUAUAACGGCUAUACGUGAAAUUAAGAUUUUAAGGCAACUAAAUCAUCAAAAUGUUGUGAGUCUAUCGGAUAUGGCUAUUGAAUAUG